AUGACUGGCUGUACGUACGUACGCAGAUUUGAUGAUCAGUUCCGUCUAUCAACAGGGAUCGUACGGAAGCAACCGGUCUUUCUGUCUCCAACAGCCAGAGGCAGUGUGAAGAUCCUGGACUUCAUGAAGAAAUGGUUCACAAGCAACCAGGGAUCAUACCAGGUCUAUGUGAUCAUUCAGCGCCGUACAAUACCUUCCUCUACUACAGAUGAGGCAGAGACCAAGAUCAAGAAGGAGAAGAAGAUCAAAAAGAAGAUCAUUGAAGAGGAGGAGUCAGUUGUACAAGAGGGAUCAACCGUACGAGAAGAUCAGGACGAUCUUGAUACUCUGGAUGCUGAGAUAGAGGCUUUUGAUGCUUCUCUAAAGCGUCCACUACCCCAGUCUCCCUCUCCACCUCAUCGUACGAGAAAGAGAUAUGUGAUCAGGGAGGAUGACAAGAAUCGGGCGGCUGAGUAUGGGCCAUCAGGUCUCUGA